AUGCGUUACUACCUACUCUACACAGGAUCCCUUCUAGCUUCUUUAGCUACAACAACCCUAGUGCUUUACUAUAUUUUCACCGGAAAGGGGGAACAAAUAAGCAUAGCAUGGCUCUUACAAAGUAUUUCGCCAUAUAUGUGGGCAUCACUGGGAAUAGGACUGUCAGUAUCCCUAUCAGUGGUAGGGGCCGCUAUCGGUAUCCACACCACAGGUGUUAGCAUAGUCGGGGCUGGUGUUAAAGCCCCCCGCAUCAAAACCAAAAAUUUAAUUUCGAUCAUUUUUUGCGAAGCUGUGGCCAUCUACGGACUAAUUACAGCUAUCGUUCUAUCAGGAAUUUUGCAACACUACAAUGUGGAUCAGUACGCGACAGAUUAUAAAUACUACGGUAAAAACGCCAUGGGGGCUUAUAUUGUUUUUGGGGCUGGUUUAACUGUGGGUUUUGUAAACCUAUUUUGUGGCAUGUGCGUUGGAGUUGUAGGAUCAGGAGCUGCCAUAGCUGACGCGGCUAAUUCCUCUUUAUUCGUCAAAAUUUUGAUUAUUGAAAUUUUCGGAAGUGCUAUAGGCCUAUUUGGACUCAUUGUGGGCGUUUAUUUGGUAACAAUAACCGUAAUACAUCCUAACAUUAGGUUAAUUUUAUAUGCUUUUAGACUUCUAAAGGCUCUAUGGGUUAAUUAUAAUCAUGGAAGAAAGAAAAUUAGUUUGUUGAUGGGUUUAUCAGCGAAAUAUUACUGUAAAUAUAUGAAAUGUAACUUUAAUUUAAAUACUUGGCUCAAUAAAUGUUUUGUUUUAAUAUUACUUAUUUUAAAUAAUCGCGCCCUUUUAACAAUUACAAUUAAACCUUAAACAUAUUUAAAUUUAUUAAGCAAUUAUUAAUAAUGAAUGUAGAUUUAUACUUGGGAACAUAA